CGACACAACACUCAUAGACAGAAUAAGCCACUAAGAAGAUUUGCUUGAUCACUUCUGUUUCAUUGUUUCACACAGGGGAAUAACAGGGGAAAACAGGCAAUCUAACAACAUUUCUACGGAUCAGGCUGUUAGCUCUGCUCUCAUCGACUGUAAACUAUAACUUGAUUAGACCCAAAACUGGCAUAUCUCAGUACGCUUUUCAGUGCAGAGGUUGCGCCGACAGGAGAGACAACGCGAAAAAUGAAGUUUGUGGCUUAUCUUUUUUGUUUGGUCCUUCUGACCUCACUGACGGAUGCAUCUCCAGUCAUCAAAGAGAGCUUAGCCAAGCAGCUUCUCCGCACCAAGAGGCAGAAGGCUGGACACCCUGAUGAGCCGAUGAGGGAACACAUGUUGCAUAUGCAGAGACUGGAGCAGAGGGCCCGCGAGACUAACCUGGAACACUGGCUCAACCCUCACUGCUUCCCACGCUGUGACCGCAACUAUGGCUACCCAGUCUAAGCGUCUGAUCUCACGGCGAAAACGACGACGACUGGAGCCAAUGUAACGAUAGAUGAUGCUGACGGAAAGGAGAGAUGAAGUCUGGAGACAGUCACUUGACUCAUUGAGAUGUCCGCUGACGGCCUCUACGGGGAAUUUGCAAUCCUUAAAUAAAUAUGGGUCAACUUUUGUCAUCAGCUAGCCUUUAACAUUUGCCGUAUUGGCUCUUGAUGCAAUAGACCUUCAAUUCUGUAUUUAGUCUUAUUUUUUCCUUUCUUUUUUUUCUACUCAAAAUAAAAGCAUACAUUGGUUUAAUAAAGGCAUAUUAGAAAAAAUAUGAAUUCAUUCAGCGUGUGUUCCACAUUUGGGCGCUUGGGUUUUAAGAAAGGACAAAGGCUAGCCUGUAGGUCAAGGUUUUUGUAUUUGAAGAUGAAAGAAUAUUAGAGAGUCUAUUUGCCAGUUUACCGUCUCACCAGGUCCCGCAUGAGAGUCUGUCAAACGUCCUGAAUUUGCGAAUAACUAAGAAUAAAUUGGAGGGCUGUAACUGAGCUAAUAAGUUCAUAUAUUAUUUGUUAGGGUGGAGCAAAAAGAAAAUUGAAACGUGCCAACCGGUCCUGUGUUGCAUUUCCCGUGCAAUGACGUUGCCGUUUAUCAUAGGAAAUAAAAUCGAAAACGCCCACAGUU